AUGGACUGUUCCUGCCGCACAGCAGCCCUCCGAAUUUUUGUUAGAAACAUCACACGAGUUCAAGUCUCGCUCCCCUUGCGAACCAUACCACACGGACGUGGAGGACAAUACCGAGCCCUCUCGACCCAGCAGUACUGUUUGGGAACUCAAAAACCAAGUCCCCUGGCCACGGCCACAUCACGGGCCCUACACACAUCAUGUGCUCGGAAGAGCAGCGCGGUGGGAGCCGCCUUGGUGGUUGACGAUGGGGGUUAUACGAACAACAACAACAACUAUUACGACGACGAAGACACACCCGAGUUCACGGCUGCCGAUGCCGCCGACUAUCACAUCGAGACCCCCGCUCCCGGCCCCCGGGUUGCGGCGGAGCCCAGCCCCAGACCGUCAGAAGGAUCGAGGUCUAGCAGAACCCAGUCGAAAAGCAGCGGAGCGAGCAGCGACUGGGCUAAACCGAAUGCCAAAAAAUUCACCCCCAAAGAAUCAUGGAAAAUACAGAAAGAAGCCCUAAAGGAAAAAUUCCCCGACGGCUGGAACCCGCGCAAGAAGAUUUCCCCCGACGCCCUCGCCGGCAUCCGCAUGCUCAACAAGCAGUUCCCGGAAACCUAUACCACCGCGGCACUGGCACAGAAAUUCGAAGUUUCGCCCGAGGCGAUCCGGCGUAUCCUCAAGUCCAAAUGGACGCCCGACGCGGAGGCGGAGGAGAGGAGGGAGACACGUUGGCACGAGCGUGGCAAGCAGGUGUGGUCGAAGUGGGCGGCACUGGGCAAGAAACCGCCGCGCAAGUGGCGCGAGGAAGGGAUUGUGCGUGAUCCUGUCUGGAAUGAGCCGCGCGGGCCGACGCAUAAGAAUAAGCAUGUACGGGCGGACAUGCAGAGGCGGUUGGCGAGGGCAAUGAGGCCGUACUGA